UGGUGGGCCCGGCUCAACAUCGUAACUUACGGAUGUACCAGGACCAUCACUUGAUAGUACGUCCGGCUCAACGUGGUCCUGUUUACACUGAGACUGCUCCUCCUUCAAAUACUCAGUUAAAUGAAGAAUCGAGAGAGAGGUACCGCAACCGAGCGUGGGAACUGGACUUGCAUGGUAUGUACAGACAUGAGGCUGACGUCGCUGUCAACUCCUUCUUGAGGAAACAUUCUGACGAGUCCAGAGUUCGCAUCAUAACAGGUCGAGGUCUACACAGUGAGAAGAACCAACCUGUCCUCAAGCCUCACGUAAUAAAUCUCAUCUCUCAGCGUGGACUUAGCUACAAGGUGGUAUCUAAAGGAGGCUGUAUUGACAUAUAUCCGAAAGCGCCACAUUUACAUAAUAUGGGGCUAUAUGAUUUAGAUCAUUCUUUACACUACUACUAAUAUAAUAAUUCAUUGUGUCGGGGGACAGGCAGCCAAUGUAUAUAUAUACGUGUUAGGCUUAUAUCGAGGUCCCCCCAGGGUCGAAUUACUCACCCUCCCCAGAAUGUAUCUCUUCAACAAGCUGACUGACUCCUGUGUGCCUAUUUACUGAUAUGUGAACGGCCGCAUUAGGUGAUAAAAAAUGCGCUCAACCAUUUUUGUCUCGCCCAGGAUUUGAAACCGGAAUUCCUGAUUGUGAGUCGAGAAUGACUCCGACUGUAUUACUUCAGUAGAUAGUCUAGGGUUUUCACAUUAUAUAAUAUGACACAUAACGAGGUCCUUAGAUGUUUUUUUUUGAGAUAUAUACAAGAGUUGUUACAUUCUUGUACAUUAGGUAUUACAUAUAAUUAUUAUUAGAUAAACAGGUAGAUAUUAGAUAAACAGGUUUGAAGGUAUUACAUCUGUUCACAUAAUUGUAAUUAAAUUUACAUUGUGUUGAAGCACAAAAGGUAAGAUAGUAAUUAGCUGACACUGGAAUCCUUCUUUUUUUGUCUACCAAAGUAGCAAUUAAAGAUCAACUCAACCUUAGUCACGAGGCAAAGCUCAACGCCUUAAGCCAUGUGGAAACAGUCCACAGAGCAUUCUCUCUCAAACUGCUGGCUUAGGCUCGGCUACAAGUACCUCUGGAAGUUUGAAUGUGCUGAUUUAGAUUUGACUAA